AUGGAAGUUGUCGACGGUCGAAACUCCAACACGAAACGCAAACGAGACGACGUCGUCCCGAACGGCAACAGUAACAGUAACAACGACAUCGACUUGUCCCUCUUGGAGGCAGUAGAGAAAUCCCAAAACGCCGUCGAAGCGCCCGACCUCCGAACCCUAAAGAAGCUAGUGCUCUCCUUCGAGCGUCGUCUCAAGGACAAUAUCGGAGCCCGACUCAAGUACCCGGACCAACCCGACCGCUUCGCCGACUCCGAAGUCGAGCUCCACGAAGACCUCCAGAAGCUCAAGGUCCUCGCCGGAGCUCCGGAUCUCUACCCGGACCUCGUCUCCCUCAACACCGUCCCUUCCAUUCUCAACCUCCUCGGCCACGACAACACCGACAUUGCAAUCGACGUGGUUCAGUUGCUCGAGGAACUCACCGACGACGAGGUUUUCGAUGAGAACGACGAGGCCGUUGGGGUUCUCGUCGAUGCCCUAGUCGACAACAAUGUCCUCGAGCUGCUGGUUCAGAAUCUGCAGCGGUUGAACGAUUCGGACCCGGACGAGAGUGCCGCUGUGUACGGGACUCUCGCGACGAUCGAGAAUUUGAUCGAGGUGAAGCCAGCGGUGGCAGAAUUGGUGUGCGAAAGGACCAAGCUUUUCAAAUGGUUGAUGGGGAAGAUUAAGGUGAGAGAGUUCGAUGGAAACAAGCAAUAUGCUUCGGAAAUAUUGGCUAUACUGUUGCAGAGCAGCGUAGCGAAUCAGAAGAAGUUGGGGCAGAUGAACGGUGUCGAUGUGUUGCUUCAGGCGGUGGCUAUGUACAAGUCUAAGGACCCCAAGAGCUCCGAUGAAGCCGAGAUGCUGGAGAAUUUGUUUGAUUGUUUGUGCUGCUUGUUGAUGCCAUUGGAGAACAAGGAGAGGUUUGUGAAGGCUGAAGGGGUGGAGUUGAUGAUCAUUAUCAUCAAGCAGAAGAAGUCUGCUUAUGGGUCGGCCAUUAGAGCGCUUGACUUUGCCAUGACCAAGUACCCGCCAGCCUGCGAACGUUUCAUUGAUGUUUUGGGGUUGAAGACGGCCUUUGCAGCUUUUAUGGAUUCCCAUUAA